AUGGGAAUUGAGGCCGAAUUGGAGGUUCCGGAGCAUGGUCUCCAGAGGACGCUGAAGGAUCUCUUUGCGGGCGCAGUUGGUGGUGUAGCACAGGUGCUCAUUGGACAACCGUUUGAUAUCGUCAAAGUCAGGUUACAGACGACAUCGCAAUAUUCAGGCGCCCUGGAUGCUGCUACCAAGAUCUACAAGAACGAGGGAGGCCUCGCCUUUUAUAAGGGUACCUUGACGCCGUUGAUCGGCAUCGGCGCCUGCGUGUCAGUCCAGUUCGGCGGAUUCCAUUACGCUCGUCGCGCAUUUGAGGCGCGGAACCUCGAAAAGACUGGCUCCGGUGAUUUGAGCUACUCACAGUACUACACAGCGGGUGCGUUUGCAGGGAUAACGAACACAGUACUGUCAAGCCCCAUCGAGCACAUCCGCAUCCGUCUGCAGACACAGCCUCAUGGUGCAGCUCGUCUCUACAACGGCCCCAUCGACUGCAUCAAGAAACUCACAAGCCACGAAGGUAUCCGGGGUGUCUACCGCGGAACAGCUGUGACUUUCUUGCGUGAAGCAAAUGCAUAUGGCGCCUGGUUCGCAGCCUUUGAGUACAUGAUGAACAAGGAUGCGGAGCGUAACAACAUCAAGCGGGCCGAGAUUAGCACGCUCAAGGUGGCUCUGUAUGGCGGUCUAGCAGGCGAGGCACUCUGGCUCUGGAGCUACCCCUUCGACGUUAUCAAGAGCAAGAUGCAAACGGAUGGGUUUGGCGAAACGCAAAAGUACAAGAACAUGCGCGAUUGCUUUGCUCAGACAUUCAAGGCGGAAGGCCUCGGUGGCUUCUGGAGAGGCAUUGGCCCUACGCUCUUGAGGGCCAUGCCUGUUAGCGCAGGAACGUUCGCGACGGUCGAACUUACUAUGAGACUUAUCAACUAG